GUCGAUGGUGCAGGUAUGCUGAGGCAGCUUUCAUGCCAAGGCAUCAUGGCGAGUCAACGGCCUCCCUCCAGCAUUGGCCGCCCACUGAGCCGCAGUGGAUCUGUGGUCCCUGUCGCUGGAAGACUCCCAACGGCCGUCCGACCUCCUCCUACAGCUAUUCGAGUCCCAACUGGGAUGGUUCCAGGUACAAGUGGUCAUCCUGGCAUGAGGGGCGGCAUCCCCAUUGCCACCCCUGGAGUUCUCUCAGCACAGAUCAAAGUGACUGACAGGCCCGUGACCCAACAGGGGCUCAGUGGUAUGAAGACUGGCAUGAAAGGACCUCAGAGACAGAUUCUGGAUAAGUCCUACUACUUGGGCCUUCUUAGGAGUAAGAUCAACGAGUUAACCACAGAGACCAGCAAACUGCACAAAGAGAUUGACAACUACAACCAGGAGAAUUCUGUGUAUCUCUCCUACGAGAAGAGAGCCGAAGGCCUUGCUGCAGAGAUUAAGGAUCUACAAGGCCAGCUUGCUGACUACAACAUGCUGGUGGACAAGCUCAACACCAACACAGAGAUGGAGGAAAUGAUGAACGACUAUAACAUUUUGAAAGCCCAGAAUGACAGCGAGGCUGAAAGCAUUGAUAGCAUCUUCACUGAGAGGAGAGAAAGAGAGGAGGCAAUCCGGGAGAUUGAAGAAGGGAUUAGGAGGGAAAGGCGGGUCGCUGAUGAGGUUGUCCAGGCAAUGCCAACCACAAAGCAAGAGAAAUAUUUCACCAUGACAACAGCCAAUGAGGAACUGCUACAGGAGCUAACUGUUCUACAGGAGGAGCUGGACAUCCUGAUAACUAGGAAGGAGGACUACGAUGCUGAGCUGGCCCACUCGCACAUAAAGCAGGAAGUGGUUCGGCUUCAUGAGACUCUGUCAGCGCUGGAGGCGAAGCGGGACACCAUGGAGGCUGAGCACAAGAGCCUGGGCUCCCCACAGGAGGAAAGAGAGCAAUUAUUCAAACAGGUGAAGGAGGACAACCAGGAAAUCGCCAGCAUGGAGAGACAGCUUACAGAGAUCAGGGACAGGACGCAAAAAAUCAAAGAGGAGAUCCAACAACUGGAGCAGGACUCAGAGGAAGCGCAGGGGGAGUGUCAGCAGAAAUACAAAGAGCUGAAGAAGAAAGAGGAGGAAAUUGACCGGUACCUAGAGUCAUUUGAGGAGACCAAGGCUCGAAGCAGAAAAGAUGACACAGGGGGGGAGGGGAGAGGGGAUUCAUUGAUACCUCACACAAGGAACAUGUUGCGGCUACAUCAGGUGGAUACAGUAACAGCCAGUGAGCUAAGAAACAUGCAGGAGGUGCUGGUCAGCAAGGAGACGGAGGUGGUCCAAUCAGAGAGCACUGCCAGAGGACUGACAACUGAGUCCCAGCGUCUGCAGCAGGACCUGGAGAAAGUGCAGCAGCUGGAGGGGAAGAUCACAGGUGAGCUCAGCACCCUGAAGGAGCGUGUUGCCACCAUGCAGUCUGAGCUGGUCACCUACCAAGACCUGGACACCCUGAGGCACACAGCAGAGGAGAAGAAAAGGAGACUACAGGAGGACCGCGUAUCCCUGACUCAGCGUCGGGAUUCAUUGGGGCAGCUGUUGGAGGAAAUGAACCAGAAAUAUGAGGCUCUGAAGACCAAACUGAAACACAACGAGACCCAUGCUCAGCUGGCUAACCUUGAGAGGAAAUGGCAACACUUGGAGCAGAACAACUUUGUAAUGAAAGAGUUCAUCGCCUCUAAAUCUCAGGAGAGUGACUACGCCUCAGUUGCUAAGAACGUCUCCCAACAAGUGGCAGAGUACAACAAGAGUCUUAUAGACUCCUUGCAGAACAGGAGUUAAAUACACACACACACACACACACACACACACACACACACACACACACACAGUCUGACAAGUGUCUGUUACUAUUUAGUAAUCCCAACCCAUUUCAGUUAAUGUCAUGAUAAAAUGGUCAGCACAUGGAGUAGUUGAACACUGAUGCUCAGUUGUCUCUUAACAAUGCAUUGAUAGCCACCUUUCUGUUUGCUAUCAGUAGCUCUCUGUACAAAAGGACAGAUUUUGCAAUUAGUUGUUUUAAAAAGUUAAACCAUGUUUUUUUUUCUUAUGGUGUUUUACUCUCAAGACAAAACCUUUUUGUUUAUAUCCAUUUCGAUAUUCAGUUUAUAAAGUGUUUACAGUUUGUGAUGACAAGUUAGACUGUAGCUGCUUACUGUCCUAAAUAACUAAAUGUGUCCAUGUAGUCAAAGUUAAAAAGUUUUUAUCUACUAUAUUUUGUAAUUAAAUGUACAUGAGAUUUUGCGGCUUUGUGUAAACAUAUAUUUAAAGUGCUCUGAUCAUUUGAAUAAAGGGGUUAAGAGAAAGGAAAACAAGAACAGAA